CAGUGGGGUAAACUGCUGCUAUGACGGUCGCCUUGUCUCCUGUAGUCGCUUUCCAACACAGUGACGUGUGAUGCCCAUCUCUCCAGUACCAUUCCAGCGUCAGCUUUUGAAGAGAACGCGGGGUUGAUUUGUUCCAUGUAGGUGUAGCAAGACUACAGUGUAUAAAACAUGGAUCAGUUAUUGAAACCAAAUCAAAGUGAAUUGGACGCAUCAGUAGACAAGACAUAUAUCUUAAGUAGUACGUCAUGUGGUCAAACCGUUGUAGCUGGUCAGCUGGCCUGAUCAGUUAACACUAUAGACAGUAUUUCCCUGGGAUAUUUUACCUACUGGGAACUUUGACAAAACUUCAUUUACGCUACAUGACCAUAACAACAUGAAGAUAACCUCCCGUAGUCUAACGCCGAGGAUCGGAACCUUCCCACCGUCCCAACAUGGAUGUGGCAAUUAAUUCAUCGGGGGUAGCAUCAUCUAUAGACCUUCACACGGAGAUUCCUGUGUCACUAAUCACCAUGGAAACAUUCCGUUGUCGGAACUGUUCCCUGAUUAAUCAAUCCACAGAGAGGGCUUCUGACGUUUCUAAAACCGGAAUUGUGGUGGACGUAUAUCCGGAGUUUAUUGGUUAUGCUUACACCAUCCAGAGCGUCAUCAUAGGUAUUGUGCUCUUCUCUCUCAUCAUUCUCACGGUGGCUGGAAAUAUCAUUGUACUUUUAGCCGUAUUUUCUAACCGGAAGUUAAGGACGGUAUCUAAUAUGUUUAUUGUAUCAUUGAGCCUGACUGAUCUAUUUGUGGGAACAAUAGUCAUGAUGCCUGCUGCACUUAACGAAAUAUUUGACCAAUGGAUACUAGCUCGAGAGUUUUGUUCGAUAUGGGUGUCGUUCGAUGUUAUGUUAACCAGUGCCUCCAUACUGAAUGUUUGUUUGAUAAGCAUUGACCGAUAUAUUGCCAUUAUGACUCCACUAAGGUACCGGACACUGAUGACAAACCGGCGGGCUAUACUCAUGCUUUGUGUCGCGUGGGGAAUAUCCAUACUUUCUUCAUUCGUCCCAGUAGAAAACGGACUACACAAUCCAGAAAUGGCGACACUAGAAAACUUGACGAUAUUCAGUGAACAACCUCAGUGUAUAUUUAUAGUGAGUUUCCCAUACGCGGUUAUUGCCGGAUCUGUGACAAUACUGCUCCCCAUUAUUGUAGCCCUGACUCUUUACUGGAGGGUGUCGAAGGAGGCCAAACGCCAGGCUUUCCUCGUCGGCAGCCUCAUCACGGCGGGUAACGUUCUGCUCGGACAGCACGUUGCCUCCAAACACAUCCGGGAACCCUUCACUAGAAAAGCAACAGUGACUCUUGGCAUCAUUGUAGGUGCUUUUGUGGUGACAUGGACGCCUUUUUUAAUUGCCAACAACAUCGACGCAUAUUUUCAAGUGAUUCCACCGAAAGUUUUCACGGCGUUUGUGUGGUUAGGGUACUGUAACAGUCUAAUUAAUCCGAUCAUUUAUCCUUUAUUCAUGAGAGAUUUCCGUAAAGUCUAUAAAUCUAUGUUUACUAAGUGUUGUCCAUAUGUAAGAAAGAUAAAAUCUCUGAGAAAGGACAGAGUGUAUAGAUGCAUUCCUUCCCCGAAAUGUCAACAACGUGCAGGUGCAAUAUAAAUAGUUUAACAGAUGUACUGCACGUAUAUGUAAUAGUUAUGACAGCUCCAUAUCACUACGCCAGUAUUUACCACUAGGGCAGGGGAUUCCGGUUGUUACAGAGGUGCCAUUAAUUCAUAUUCGCGUGUGAAUGUUUUCGUUACUUGACUGAUAAAGCUUUUCGCUUAGCGAUAUAAAACGACCAAGUUUUAGCUGAUAUAUAUGUUGUUUACAAAUAUAAUUUAUAUUUUUUUAUUGUAAUAUCUCUUCAAUAGCGACAUUUUGCACGUCACAAAAACACUCUCUUUGUGCAGUAUGAUCGUAUUUUGUUGACUUUUGUUUUGUAGUUAGUCGGAGUGAGCUGUAAGUAUCACAGACUAAAGUCAUUGUAUGAUAUAGAACAAACGUGAGGCUAUAUGCUACCUUAUACGUAAAAUCUUCAGAACUUGGAGCGGGCUAGAUUUUCUAACAAUCCUCGUAUGUAUUAUUAGGGUGCUGCCAGGGUUGGGCACUACAUGGGGUCACCACGCAUAAAGUGUUUCAAAAACUAAGUGAGUUUCCUUCACACUUUUAUAUGAGAAAUAAAUUUAAUUUGUAUUAACUUGUAAUUAUUAAUCAUCAGAGUGAUAUGAAUUGGUGUCUUAAUAUGUCACAGUUAGGGACCAUAUAGUUUUUGGAAUUCUAUAUUAAAGAACUUUGUAUCCUGAAGUCUGCCUGUCAGAGUAAGGUAACAUGCAUCAGCCUCUAGGACAUGGUGUGGUAAAAUGUCCCUUCGACCUUUAUGUCAAAGUAAGACAACAUGUAACCUGAGGCUUCUACAUCUCAGUAAGACAUUAUAAAGUGUGAAGUCUCCGUGUAAUAGAAAACCAAUAUAACAGUCAUAAAUUUAGACUCAAAUAUUCAUGAUAGAAUUGUGAUAUCGACUUCGGUUAUUAUAAAUAUUGUUAGUCGUUAUGCGAUUAUCAAAAUAUCCAUAUGCUUAUUCAUUUUGCUAGUUUACUCUGAGUGUCUUGAUCCUGAACAGGGCAGGCCAUGUGCUAGAAAAAAUAUUCUCUCUACAAAACUGUUUUCAGGCAUAAUUCCUACUCCACGUAAGAAAGAUCUAUUUAAAGUGCCACGUUUAUUGUGGUUUUUUUCCUACGUUUGUUACGAGUUGUUACGAGACAGAUGACUUGAUUCCAUAACUUGAGUUUUAAUAAAAAAAAAUCUGAUUGAUUUAUUAAGUUCAAUACAUUGACACGCGAAUACUUCUUUAUAGGUUAACGAUUAGAUAAUAUGUUUAUAUCAGAAUCAUUGACGACUCAAAAUAUUUCACACAGCAAUCAGUUUAAAGGGUAAAAAAACGGGAAUAUGUCACACAGCAAUCAGUAAAGGAAAAAAACCGGGAAUAUAUCACACAGCAAUCAGUAAAGGUUAAAAAACCGGGAAUAUUUCACACAACAAUCAGUUUAAAGGGUAAAAACCGGGAAUAUUUCACACAACAAUCAGUUUAAAGGGUAAAGAAAACGGGAAUAUUUCACACAAGAAUCAGUUUAAAGGGUAAAAAAGCGUGAAUAUUUCACACAACAAUCAGUUUAAAGGGUAAAAAAAACGGGAAUAUUUCACACAACAAUCAGUUUAAAGAGUAAAAAACGGGAAUAUUUCACACAACAAUCAGUUUAAAGGGUAAAAUAACGGGAAUAUUUCUAUGCGCGAGAAUGUUCACUCUUACAGUGUCAUGUGGUGAGGCCUAUAACUCGCUUAAAUGAGAACGUUUAAAGUAAAUGAUAAUUAUAAGCUACAACAUAUCACUCGCGAAAAUGUACUGAAAUGUUUUCUUCUCGAGUGAUCUAAUUCGGACCAGAUUAAGCUACGUGUGCCUGCUAAACGAUAUGAUGACUGCAGUAUAAUGUUUGUGAUAGCGUUAGAUAUUAUUGGCCCGUCACCUCUUCUGAUCCCGCUGUAUCACGGGUUUUAAAUGAGCUCGUUUUGUUGGUAAAUAGGCUACACAAUGUGGUAUAUUUCGUGUUACUCGCCAAAUUAUGUACCUCAUUUCACGCAUUAUUAAUUACACGGGCAAGUUUGACACUAACCAUUUAUAUUUUAGCUACUGCAAAUAUUCAUUAAAAUUACGAAAGGUGUUCUUAAAUACAUUUUGUAUAUUAUUAUUAGCAGACACGAUCCGAUUUUGUGAUUCUUGUGGUAAAGAGCCAAAUAAUUUUUCAACUAGGAUGUCAUUUUUGUUAAUGACUUACAUUCUGUCAAAAGUUUUUGAUAAUAUGCCAGUGUUUUAUUAAUGCUUUUUCUGGCCUCGUUAAUGCGAGGCGGUCAAAACGUGCGCGUGUUACAUGUUAGAGGUCGGAUUGGGUCAAGGACAAACAAGCAUGAUUUCAUCCAAAUUAGUUCUGUGAUAAGGUUUGUGUGGCAUAUGUGGGAGGAAUGCGUGUUUGGAUGUGAGAGAGAUGAUGCGGUGUGAAUUUGUGAUUAAAUUCUGUAUAAGGCAAAAUUGUUUGUAUUAAUUGCGUGUAAAAACAAUAUGAGGUCAUAUCGACCAUUCAGGUCUAUAAAGUCCAAAAAAUGGAAAUCCUUGGAUGUCUAAAGAGGUCAGAAACAUGUUUAUCAUUUAUUGUUCUUAUCCAUCCUUUAAUUAGCAAAAUCCUUUUAACGUUAUUCAUUAUAUACAAUUGUAGAGAUUAGAAAUGAAAUCUCAAGGAUAAGGUAAAGGGUUGAAAUGGUCAAGUAGGAUUAGGUAUUCAGUUGAAUCUGCUAAACACAAAACUCUAAUAAAUUAAGGUACUUGAAAAAAAACUGUAAUGGACCACUGUGAAUAGGUUAACUUUUACGAAAACACGUGUCAGGGGUUGUCCUUCACAUUCACCUGGGCUUUAAGGUCGCGAAAGAGUCAACUACAGAUGUGUAGUCCUUAUUUGGCACGUGCCCGACACCCAUCGACAAUUAACGGGACAACAAUAUCGUGUUAGAUUAACGUCAUUGUUGUUUUUCUACUUGCCGUUCUUGAUUUCGCACGUCAUCUGUGUUUGAUUUAAAUACUUAUUUUCUGAAGAUUCAAAUGGUUUUGAAAUCAAUUGAGAUAAAUGGGUAAUCUCUUAAAUGUCUUAAUAACUGAAGAACAGGUACUCCCCCAUCAGCUUACAUGUAACAGCAGUAACUACAUUGUAAUAAGCAACUAAACGUUAAAAGCUGUGACGUAACUGUUUCUGAACUUGAUUUGAUUGAUCGACCCGUUGUCGAUAAAAACACACUUAUAAGACAUCCUUAUAUAACUGUCUUGAUUGUAAUUCGCUGAACGAAAAUCCGAGGUUCGGGUCACGCCAAGGUGUGGUGGUAGACACAGUCUGCUAAAGAACAUAAUUGCCGAAAUCAAAUUAUCUGCGCACAAAAAUCCUAUUAAGGAUAACAGCAAAAACCGCCGUCUCGCUGGAGUCAUUAGCAGGUGUAGGAGGCGGACACCGCAGCGUAGUCUCUAAAUAUAGAUCUGUGGAUAGCUAACCUUUGGGAUUACCCCCAUAUUGCCAGUCUAUUUUGGUAAAGUGAUGUUAAGGGCUAUUCGCAGUAAUACCAUCAUCACCCGGAUCAUUUGUCUGGCGAUCAUUUAGAUGAAAUACCUUGCGAAAUAUCGGUUAUUGUGUAGGAGAGAUCAAGUCUGUUAAAUAAAUGUUGUUUUUUUUAGUUUGUUUAUUUCAUGUCACCAUGGUUACUUAUUUUUUCUUUAUUCAAAAUACGUGGUGUAAAAUUAUUUUAGGCAUAAGCUUAAGGGAAGAGUUAAAGUAUUUACCUUAUCAAUAGCAUUUGUUUUCUAUGUAACUGUAGAUCUUACAUGGAAUGUUAUGAACUAAAUUUAACACGCUUCAAAUCUUUUUUUGAAAUUGAAUUUAUCUUAAUUGGAAUUGAAACUAAUUGGGGUUUUUUUAUUACAGGAAUCGUUCGUAGAGAAUUGAUAACCUGGUAUCAAGAUAAAUAUAAGAUAUUGUUUUAAAAUACAAGAAGUCUGAAAGUAAACAAAAUUCAACCUUUUUCAAAAUUAAUUUCGAAUCUGUUUGGGUGACAGUUUGGCGCUGACUCAGCAGUUUAGGUGCGUACCCUCACCCCAAUGUUACCAGUAUUACAGGUAUGUACUACCAUUACAGGCAUAGUCCAGUAAAGUGUGUACACUGUUUACCUUACCGGCUAGGGACAGUUAAACGCCUGUGGACAUGACAUUAACUAUUGUGACAAAGGAGGCAAUUGUUUACUCCAGAAUGGAAGUUUUUAGGCCAAGUAUGACUUUGUAAAUCUCCAAAACCUAUAAACGACUCGGUGUGUUGAUACUUCUCUAAUGCGAGUCUUGUAUUAAUCCUCAAAUAAAAACAUCAAUUUAGACUCUCGUGUAAUAUUAGCUCUGAGUAAGCCAUAACCACGGGGCAGUUUUUAAAAUUUUGACCGUUGUCCCAAGAUAUUUAAAACACAGUAUGUUGAUUCAGAUAUUUCCUUUUAAACUUUAUCAAAUGAUGGAAUCUUCUACAUAAUUACAUUUAAAGUCAAUAGUGUAAAUAUUUACAAAACAGCAAAUGCGUUCUUAUAUACAGUUACAUUGUCAUCGCCUAGUAAUUCAGUUAAAGACAUAACACACCACAGGAUUAUGACAGAACAUCGUAUAGUGUAAACAAAACUGGAGUGACAAUAUGUAUCACUCGUCUACAUAAUGAAAUAAAAUCUAGGAUAUCCUUCAGAAGUUUACAAAAGUCUUAUUAAAUAUAAUCUUUGAGCCACGUUGAAAGGUAUUUUGCCUAAGUAUUGUAUUUUUACUACAUGGGUACUUUAAUAUGAUGGUACACUGAAAUGACGUCAUUGAAAGCAAAAACCUCAUUAUACUUAACAUUUUGAUUAUCUUGAGUUUGCAAAAAAACUCAUAUAAAGAAAAAAAAUCUGUUUUGAUCAACUUAUGCUUGACAAUAGCUGAACUAUACCCGUUAAUACAUUGUCCUGUUGGCCCAGACACUAGACCUAAAGGAACAUUAAUAUUUACCCUCUGUUUCCACAGGAGAAAGCAUUACUGUAUAACCCAGCAAAAUUAAGUAAAGGUUUUGUUAACUUCCCCGACAUUGAACCGCCAACUAAUGAUAAAUAAUUUCGUCGGGCGGACAAUGUUUGGGUUACAUGUAUAAAUAGUUGUAUAAGCAAUCCAACCAUGUAUACGAUCUAUGUUUAUUUGACGGGAAAAGGAAAAGGUCGUAUAAUAUACACAUGAACUAUUUAUACAAUGCAAUAAUCAACAUGUCACGCGAGGCACAGGAUGACAUUAAAUGUCCAACACACAGCUGUACUAAUAAACAUAUAGACAUAUAAGCGACACAAAACAGCUCAUCAAUUGACAAUAGUGUUAUUUAUUAAAUAAAUGUUAUUUGAUAUGAGUUCGGAUUAUAUCAUAGUUGGACGCUCUGCUAUUUUUUAUAUCAAAUUUUGUUAAAAAAAAACAAAAGUGCGAAUGACAUAAUGAAUGAUUGAAGGGUGAUUGAAUAUAGUAUGCUUUACACAAACUAGUUAAACGAUGUUUGGUUGGCUUUGAAAUCAUCACAAACAGAGAAUAAGUGUGUGGUAUGUGUGUUAUCUAACAUGACUGUGCUAUAAGCAAUACUUUUUUUAACCUGUUGUCACGACGAAUGGAGUGAAGAUGAUGCUAUAUUUGUGCUGUGUUAAUGAUGCCGAUCUAAGAGAAAUGUUGAUGUAAUGUUGUGAUCAUGAGGAAUUGUUCUAGUCUUUCAUUUUGCUGUACUGGCGUCCAUACAUACAAACGUCCCUACCCUAGUGUAUCACGUGUUACCUUAACGUUAUAAUGAUGUUGUUAUUCACGAUACAAAAGGAAAAAAUGACAAAAAUACAAUAAAAUA